CUCGUGAGUCCUGACGCUUCUUGUCUAUAUAAUGCAUAUUUGACAAAUAUGAAUGCAUACAUACGUAUAAUGUAUUGCGAAGUGGAGUAGCAAUCUAAGUGUGAUUGCCAGAGAACAAAUAUAUUAUGCACUGUACUAUAAGGUGAUGCCAUGCUUAUACCCACAUACAUAGCUUAAUAUAUUUAGUAAACGCAAAUGGGUGAACGUGCCUGAAAUCUAGAGAUACCAAAUCUGGUAUAAUCACACUAGCAUGUCGCUGUUACACCGAUGUGCUCGCAAGGGAGAUGACGGUGCAAUUGCGGAUUUCUUGCGCAUACAGGGCUCUGUAUGUGUCAACGUGAAAGACAGACACGGCCUUACUCCGCUUCACUAUGCGCUGCUACACGACCACAACAGCACCGCAAUGCUACUGGUACAAAGCGGAGGGGCCGACGUGACUGUACGAGAUGUGUGUGGUCGUGCACCAGCACUCAUGGCCUUCUCCAUCGGCUUGGCCGGGGAGCUAUGUUCCGACCUCAGUACAGAGCAGGCACACACACUGAUUGAUGACAAGGGCAGGGGCAUCGUACACUAUGCUGCCAGUGCAUGUGAUCCGGUGGCGCUGAAGUUAGCCCUGAGACUACUCGAUAAACCAUCAGACGAACGUAAAGCUAUAGCCAUCGAACUACCGCGAGAUUCCCAAGGGCAAACACCCCUCCACUACGUCUUGGGCCACCCCGGGGCCAACCCAAGAUCGACCGCCACGGACACUGUCACCAAAGCAUACGACAAUAUGACAACACCGUGUGACAAUGCACGGCAUGGUGUGACGCCACCUUGUGACACUACUACCAAUGCGUAUGACAAUACCUCAUACUUGUCCGAUAAUGCUACAGAAGCGCAGGCGAAAGUAUCACAAGCUUAUGACAUUGUCCCAAGCGCGUGUGGCACGUGUCUGCAAAAUGUGAGCUUACUAGUGGACCACUGUGGCACCGUGGAGGCGCUGUUUGUGCCGGACUACGCUGGACGCACGCCAGUCCAUAUAGGUGGCUGGCGGUCGAAGGUGCACGCGAUGAAGCAACUGAAAACCCUGUUUGUGGGCGAGGAGAAGUACAGACAAUUGCUGAAUACGCCCGACUUCAGUGGCUGUACGUUGCUGCACAUGGCUUAUUUCCGGAGAGAUCUGGACUUGGCUACAUACUUGCAAAUUGAUAUGAAGCUUCCUUUCACGCUGGACGGGUGGAGACGCUCGCCUGCGGACUGCAGAGAUACAGAGGCCAUCGAUCAAAACUUGGAAAAAUGGGCUGAACUCGAGAGAUUAGCGCGAGAGUGGACGGAUGCUAAUGUCGAAUCCGAUUCUGAAUCCAAAAGCGCUGCGCCAGUACCUUUCCAGGCCCCACCCUUUUUAACGUGUAACCAUGGCUACAGCUUCCUAAUGAAUCCCCAGGGUGACCGACAGUCGCGAGGUAUCGUUCCGCUUUCAGCAAAGAAUAAACAGUUGUCGACAAAUUCGCAUUCGCUGGAACUGGAGUCGUCUGUAGCGCACGCGGGACCUUAUGGUGAUAUCGUCAAUGGCUUGCCAAUAGAGUGUUCGCAACAAAUCAUCGCAGACGACGUACAAGCCUUCUACCUAUACCGCAACCGCGCCGCGCGUAUGGGAGGGUGUCCCGAUAUCAUCUCGAAUCUCAGCCAUACACUGUGCCCAGCACUGACACGCCUUGUACAGCCACUCCAAACAUCGCCAGCCCUACAAGUGCGACGGAUUGAGGACCCAACCAAUCCUGCGUAUAGGCCCAGUCGGAGAGCUAGAAGCAGAAGGUCAACUUGCGACGGGGGAACAGUGAGGGGGGUAUCUAAAUCAGAACACGCGCCAAUGGCUGAACUUGGCGGGGGCUUCGGUUUGUUCGCAGAGGCCUUUGUGCCUAAAGAUACGUUGAUUGGCGAGUACUGCGGAGAAGUGGUGCGACUGGAUAUGAUUGAAAGCGAACUGGCAGAGGAUUCUGAUGGUAGCGAGGGCUCGGAGGUACGUACGGCUGAGAAUACAAACGAAAACGUACCCAAAGACCAUUCUAUCGGAGUUGCUGGGAAAUGUAUACCAAGUGUCGAUUCUGUAGGAUAUAUAAACAAAGUAAUCCCAAAAGACUAUUCUAUAGAGAUACAUGUGUGUCCGAAAAGCCCCACUGAUGACUCGUACUGUAUGUGCAAUGACAAUGAGGAGCUCGUAGUUGACGGGUCAAACUAUCGCAAUGCACUGGGUUUUGCGAACGACUACAGAGGUACACUAAACAAGGCUAAGGAUACAAGUACAGCUACACAUACGGGGUCUGGUACAACGGCAGACCCAGAUGAUGUCGCAUGUAAUAGAGCAUCUCACAGGUCUAUCUGUACCAAUGGAGACGCCGAAGAACACACAAUUGUUAACAAUUCUCACUCAGAUUUGCCGCGUGACCGACAAUGUCUCGCAGUGAGCUGUGUAGGUUGCAGCCGAAGUCAACAGAAGUGUAAACCCGAGAGCGGAGCCGCCGGGUGUGGUGCGAGACCACGGUGCGACGACGGUUUAUCACAGAAUACACACGCUUCAGAAACGGUUGGUAUUGAGCCUAGGCUGAAUAGUGCUGCGAGUAUGGCCCAUGAGACCGCCAGCCUGACUGACCAGCGAUCGAAGCGAAAGGCGUCUGAUGUGCUCAGCAAGGACAGGCUUCAGAACACACAUUUCGUGCAAGUGAUGUUCAGGGGAUGGCCCAGGAUUGUGGGGGUUACGAUUGAAGACAUCUCCGCCGGAGACGAGAUUUUGAUUGAUUAUGGGGAGCUUUUCUUUCAGCAGCACGACUGA